CCACACCCAAAUGCCCAUGUCGAAGCGAUGAACAACUUCUCUCCUCUGCCAGCGACUGGCACGAGACAGAACAGACGAUCAAUGGGCGUCGAUCACAAUGGCAUCCGAACGCCAGGAGAAAGGGACGGUGCCAUGCCUAUGCCUGUGGCCGGCGCACCACGUCCCUUCGGACCCUACCCGACCGGUGCUGGCGCAUACGGCCCGCUACCAAGAAGUCCGCCGAAGAACAAGAACACCCAACACGUACCCUGCAAAUUCUUCCUUCAAGGCGGCUGUCAGGCUGGAGCUGCAUGCCCCUUCUCCCACGACCUCGAAUCAACCACCCGCCCAGCACCCUGCAAGUACUUCGCUAAGGGCGGCUGCAAAUUCGGGCGCAAGUGUGCAUUGCUACAUAUCACCCCAGAC